GCUGCCGACUGUUACAACAUGGCGAGGCUGAGGCGCGGCUGCGGCGGCGGCUGCUGCAUCCUGACGGCGCUGUUCUUGCACUCGGCGGUGCGCGGGGCCGCCGCCUUCAUCAUCUCGGGGCUGCGGCUGGAGGACGCCGCCAACAUGCCCGAGGCGCCACCGUCCUUGGCGGCGGCGCUGGCCGCCUCUCAACCUGACGCGCUGCAGGUGACCGAGGGCAGCACGGUGAGGCUGCGCGUCUUUGGCACCGGCGUGGGUCGCGACGCGUGGAGCCUGCUGGCGUUCGCCGAGGCGGAGGGCAACGCCAGCCAGGCCGGCGGCGGGCUGUGCCAGCACCGCUCCAAAGACAUCGAGGUGCAGCAGCAGGUGGAGGUGAGCCGCGACUCCUCGGCCGUGCUCAGUCUGAAAGUCAGACGGCUCCGCAAGAAGGAGGAGUCCCGGCUGUUCAUGCUGUGCACUUGGAACGGAUCGGCGUGGAUGGUGCACCCGGGCAGCGACACCCGCAUCGUGGUGCUGGAGCUGCGGCAGUCUAUGUUGCCACUCUGGCUGCACAUCAUCCUCACCAUGUUGCUGCUGGCCCUGUCGGGAAUAUUCAGCGGCCUCAACCUGGGCCUCAUGGCGCUGGACCCCAUGGAGCUGAGGAUCGUGCAGAACUGCGGCAGCGACUCGGAGCGCCGCCACGCCAAGAGCAUCGAGCCCGUGCGCCGCCAGGGCAACUACCUGCUGUGCUCCUUGCUGUUGGGCAACGUCCUGGUCAACAGCACCCUCACCGUGCUCCUGGACGCGCUGCUGGGCUCCGGCUGGGUCACCGUGAUGACUUCCACCAUUGGCAUCGUCAUCCUGGGCGAGAUAGUGCCGCAGGCGCUCUGCUCUAGACACGGCCUGGCCGUGGGUGCCAAAACCAUCGUCUUGACCAAGUUCUUCAUGAUCCUCACCUUCCCCCUAUCCUUCCCAAUCAGCAAGUUCCUGGACCUUAUCCUGGGCCAAGAGAUCGGCAAGGUGUACAGCCGCGAGAAGAUCCUGGAGAUGCUGAAGGUGACGGGGCCGUAUAAUGGGCUGGACAAAGAAGAGCUGAACAUGAUCCAGGGGGCUCUGGAGCUGAGGAGCAAAACCGUGGAGGAUGUCAUGACUCCCAUCCACGACUGCUACAUGGUGAACAAGGACGCUAUCCUGGAUUUUAGCACAAUGUCUGAGAUCAUGGAGACGGGUUACACUCGGAUUCCCGUGUACGAGCAGGAAAAGUCCAAUAUUGUUGAUAUACUGUACGUGAAGGAUCUGGCUUUUGUCGACCCUGAUGACUGCGUUCCCCUUAAGACCAUCACCAAAUUCUACAACCACUCUUUGCACUUCGUCUUCUAUGACACCAGAUUGGAUACAAUGUUGGAAGAGUUCAAAAAAGGUAAAUCACACCUGGCGAUUGUACAGAAGGUGAAUAGUGAAGGUGAAGGAGAUCCCUUCUACGAGGUGCUGGGACUUGUCACGCUGGAGGACGUCAUUGAAGAAAUCAUCAAAUCGGAGAUUCUUGACGAAUCAGAUUUGUACACUGACAAUCGAAGUAAAAAGAAAGCUGUUCAUUAUGGCAAGAAAAGGGACUACUCGGCCUUCAAGCCAGAUGUUAAUGAGGUGCAAAUUAAGGUCUCCCCUCAGCUGCUGCUCGCUGCUCACCGCUUCUUGUCCACAGAGGUCAGUCACUUCAGUGCUGCACAUUUUUCAGAGAAGAUCCUCCUCCGCCUCCUUAAGCAUCCUGACGUCAUCAGUGAGAUUAAGUUUGACGAGGACAACAAGUACAGUCCAGACCACUAUCUCUACAUUCGAGGUAGACCAGUUGACUACUUCGUGCUUAUUUUACAGGGCAAAGUGGAGACGGAGGCUGGAAAGGAAGACAUGAAGUUUGAGACUGGUCCUUUCUCCUACUACGGCAUCAUGGCUCUCGGCAGUUCACUUGUGGCUCCCGUCUGCAGACUCCGCACGUGCAGUCUCAAAACAGCUUCCCUAAUUCCUUGGUUCCAAGAGACCCGCUCAUCGUCUCGCAACAGUGAGUUGAAUCGUUCUAUGUCGUUACAUCAGACUGAGCGCUCGGAGUCGUCGGGGUCCAUUGUGCCAAGCUCCAUGGGUGGUUCAAUACAUUAUGUUCCGGAUUUCUCUGUCAGGGCAAUAACAGACCUGCAGUUUAUGAAGAUCACCUGGCAGCAAUAUCAGAAUGGAUUACUGGCCUCGAAGCUGGACAGCACUCCACAGUCCCCUGAGAACCCACACACCAAGAUCGACAUGACGCCAUCGGAGAAACCCCCGAGUAUAGUGGACGAAACCACGUCUCUGCUGAAUGAGCAGAACUCUUCGGACCUUAAAUCCAAACACACUUCAAUAGAAAACAAUAUAUGACCUCUCUCCCCCCUCCUCUCAAGCUCUGGUACUUGACGCUGGGCAUAAAGAAAAACAGGUCAUGGUGCGACUUCAAUGUUGUCCGAGGGCAGGGAAGUGGAGCAUUCCUGAACGAAGAGGAGGCAGUAGGAGAAUGUGUACCUUGCACUGUAGUCCCGAGAAUGUGGAUCGAGGGGAGCUGCAAUGGGUGGGUGGUGGGAACCAUGCAGAAGAAAGAUGAGAUAAUGAUCUCCCUUGCCAAAGAUGUGAUCCUUCAGUGUUUUUUUCCCCUCUAUUUAUGAUAAUGUCAAAGCUGCAAUAUUGGAGAUGGACGUUGAGGCUUUGUGCUGGCUGUUGUCCGUGGUGAUCCACCAUCCAGUUGCCCAGGAUCCUGUGUUGCUGGCCAGUACUUGAACUGAUGCCUGUGGUUGAAGUCAAAGGCACUUGUUGGCUAAUGGGCUCCCGAGCUCAAUGCCAACUGUUUGUUCCUCAGUUUGGUUAUGGUGUCACCCGAAGGAUGUUUGUUCUCCCCCCAGACCACCUCUCUGCUCUCCCUGUCACCCUUCACCGGCCUCACCUCCCCCCCCCCACCCAAGCAUUUCACCACUUUCUCUUCCACUCCACCUGUUCCCUCUUCCUCAUGGCUUCCUAAACAUUUGCCUCCCCACCACCUCUCUAAAGCACGGUCCAUCCUAAUCACAACCAGAUCCUCUUGUCUGUAACUGUUGUAUACAGUGAAGUAUUACCAGGAGAGCUUCUCCCAUUUUCUCACCAGAAGCCCUAUAGAUAGCAGAUCAUUAAGGUCCCAUGGAAAGCAGUAUUCAGGGGAGCAUUCCAGAUCUUCUGAUUUCAUAACCCCACCCUCUUUCUGCUUCUGAUGUCAUGACCCCACCCUCUUUCUCCACAACCCCCUUCCCCGUGAAAUUCAGACCUCACCUUCUCCCUGGUCACUGGAGUUGCCUGUUGUCCUGAUGAGGUCACUGGGCUCGGAGGUUAGGGGUGAGGAUGGAGAUGGUCGUCAAAUAUUUUGGGAUUGCUUUAAAAAAAGUUUGAUGGUGCAAAGUAGCAAUUUGUCUGAGACAUUGGUCCAGCUCGUGUCUUGGAUUUGUUUUUUUUUUCGCGCAUUGUGAACCAUUGACCAGAUGUUGGUGUUCAGCAACAAUCAAAACAAAGCUAUAUAUUUUGUCUUUUAUUUAUUGGUUAGUUCUAAGGAGCACAGCCAGCCUGUGUUUUCACCCCUGUACAUGCAGGUGUAUGACCUCGUUCAGGUAAUUCCCUCGGGGAUCGGGUCAGACCAAAGAACAAAGCUGGCUUCUGCAGGUUGGAAACCAAAUGAAGUGCUUUCAUGAGAGCCUAACGUGGAACAGACCGCUUGGAAUGCCCAUGCUGUGUAAGGGCACCUGGGAAGAAACAGCCCCUCGUUUUGGACAGAAGCCAUCAGGAGUAGAAAAUACUUUUAAUUCUAUUGUAAAUGAAGACGAAGAAUAUUUGAUCAAUGCUUGGUGGUCUGAAAUAUAAAAUCUUGAGGCCACUUUUGUACUUUUUUUUUGUUAUUACCAAAAUCUCCAGUCCAUUCAGGUUAAUUUCUACGCCAAUCCUGGUCGUGCUAACGAAAAUCCUGCUGGGUCUAAAACAACCCUUCCGCUUGCAAAUUGUGAGACGAGCUAAUUGUACCAGUCUGGAUUGGUACGCUGCGCCACCCACACUGCCAGGAGUUGGAUGGCAUUUUAUUUACCACGCACAGGUCGGGUAUUAAAUGAACUAGAGUACAUGGAUCAGUCGUGCAAUGCCAAGUUCUCAGACGAAUAUAAAAAUUGGCAUAAUCUCAGGAGUGGUGACUUGCGUUGUAAUACUUUACCAUUGAUUUAUACAUAUAUAUAUUAUGCUCUUCAGGCUGGCUUGUGUCUUCCAGUUUGUACUCCAAGCUGACUUUUUGAUGAAAAUGUUUAUAUUGAUGGUGGUGAACUUUUGGUUACAGGACAUGGGUUAACACACAACCCAGCUGAGGUAUGGUGUUGGCAUUUGUGGUGGGCCUGCCCUUACACUAUGGAAAGCUAUGACUGGGUGGGGUUGUACAGGUAUGUUAUUGCACUUGCUGGUGUAAGGGCGGGGCCUCUUUCUGCCUGGACAAGUUUGCCAUUGUGACUAAAAUACACUUGUGCAGGUCCCUGGGAAACUGUAAUGUCUAUAAAUAUCUGAAAUAGUUUUAUUUGAGACAGGAGGAAAGGGAGCACCUUUUUAAACUCAACUUGGUUUUAAGAUUAGCUUUAUUUGUCAUAUGUAUAUCGAAACAAACAGUGAAAUGCGUUGUUUGCGUCAGUGACCAAGAUGGCCUGGGGCCAGCCUGCAAGAGCUGCCAUGUCUCUGGUACCAACAGAGCACGCCCACAACCGGAGCACCGGGAGGAAAUCCUAGAUAGCAGCGGAAUUGAACCCAGAAUGCUGGCACUGUGAAUCACUGCACUACCGUGCCAGGUUUCAGAAAAAACUUGGCUUUAUAAAUAGAAUGUCUCUGAAGCAUAUGCCAUGAUGUCCUGUUUAUUUAAUUGAAUCCCAUCAAUUCUCACACCACUCUGGUCCUCACCUUGUUCAACGUCCGGGUUGAUACUACAAAGCUUUAAAAUUUGUUCCUCCUCGUCAGGAGCAGUGGGGAGGGGCAAAGAAUGAAAAUUGUGCACUAAGAAAAGGGUAAUCAUUUCUCAGAGUAGUUUUUAGAAUUCCUUUUAUAUAUAAAGCUAUAUAUUAAAAUGAGUGUUUUGGACGUUUGUAAUAAACAGAUUUUGAUAACUACAUUGGGCGUCAGGGGGUGGAGGAAGGAGGGGGAGUGGGCAGUUUUAAUCUCUUGGCUCUUUUGAGGGCCACAGAAGAAUCCAUACGGAUGGAAACACUAACAAGCUGGAGUCAGAGCCAGGUGAGGCCACAUUCCCGAUCCGGACUUGUUUGUGGAUAAUAUUCCUCUGGCCCUGUGUUCAGGAGACAAUUGAGUUGAGAAAUGUGACCUGACCCCCAAUGGGUAGCAGCACUCUGUAAUAUUUAUUUCGUAAUGAGGUUUUAAUUUGUAUAUUUCUGUGAUGUGUCUCCUUUCAUGACUUGUUUGCAUUAAUGUUUUCUGUCUUUUUAAGUGUUUUAUAAACCAAAUGCUGAACCAACUAUUAUGUACAAUUCCUUUGCUCUGGAACAAUUCCCUGUUUUUUUGGGGGUUUUGUGCUGCCUGCCAUUUUGAAGAGGAUUGUUGAUGAUUAGGUGUAUAUUCUCUUGAUAGAAUAGCAGGGCAGAUUCGAUGGGCUGAAUGACCUAAUUAUUCCUCUCUGAUUUAUUACACACUUUGCCAAUGGAAACUCAGCUUGUUUCAAGACCAGCGAGUUUUUAUUUUGUCUACUUCCAAAGAGAUGUGUCAAAAAUGUGUUGAGGUGAGUUUUUGUAAACAGGGAGUGUUAAUCUAGUUUCCUUAUUCUCGUGGUGAAUGCAUGCUAUGAGAAUUUGUGGGUAAAGUGAUUUCUUCUCUAAAUUUGUUAAAAAUUUGUUUUGGGAGUGUGUUAUAUAUUUCUCAAUUAAAAUGGAUUUUAA